AUGGUGACCCCGCGCCGCGCCGCCGCUGCCGCCCGAUCCGCGACAGCCAGCUCCUCCGCAAGGAGCCUGGAGGACCAUCCUUCCAGUCUUGAAUUCUACAUGACAGAGAGGCAAGCGUUCACUAAAGGCAUGGCGCAUGAUGAAGCUGUGGCUGCCCAGAAGACUGGGAAAUCAGGUUCACCCCCUAAGUGGAACAACCUGGAGUUAGAGAACUUCAAGGACAAGAUCAACGAGGUGACCGGCGUUAUGGCGACUGUGUACGGCGGCGACCACAAGUUCUUCGUUUUAGAUGUGUCUAAUGCAAACAUUACUGUCAACUGUCAAGUUGAUUCUAAAAUAUGUUGGGCUUUCAUGUUUUUUCGUGAUCAUCAGGGCAAAGAAGUUGGAGGAAGAAUAGUUCUAGCUCAUUGGAGCCUGGAACCCAUAAAUAGCACAAGCGUAUUGAUCAACACGCAGAUCCAAACAAGACAUAGAGAUAGAGAGCAGAGCAGAGCUGAGACACAGCCGGAGAGAGAGAGAGAGAGAGAGAGAGAGAGAGAGAGAGAGAGAGGGGGGGGGGGGGGGAUAGCGGAAGGCGGCGUGCGCAUGGCAGGAGAGCAUGGAGCCAAUGGCCUGCAACCGCAAGAGCAAGACCACACCGGAGCUCUGGAGGAAGGAAGAGGAGGAGCGAAUCAACCAGCAGGGUGCGAGGAUUCAGAGCAAGCUGUGAGCAGCACGGCCAAUCAGCCCAUGAUCUCCGUCCAAUUCGUGCAGAAGGUACUCGCCGAGAUCCUGGGGACCUACCUGCUCAUCUUCGCCGGCUGCGCGGCGGUGGCCGUGAACCAGAGGACGGCCGGCACGGUGACGUUCCCGGGCGUCUGCAUCACCUGGGGCCUGGCCGUCAUGGUGAUGGUCUACUCCGUCGGCCACAUCUCCGGGGCGCACCUCAACCCCGCCGUCACGCUCGCCUUCGCCACCUGCGGCCGCUUCCCGUGGAGGCAGGUCCCGGCCUACGCGGCGGCGCAGGUGACCGGGUCCACGGCGGCGAGCCUCACGCUGCGGCUGCUGUUCGGGAGCGAGCCGGAGCACUUCUUCGGGACGGUGCCGUCCGGGUCCGACGUCCAGUCGCUGGUGCUGGAGUUCAUCAUCACCUUCUACCUCAUGUUCGUCAUCUCCGGAGUCGCCACCGACAACAGAGCCAUUGGUGAGCUUGCCGGUCUGGCCGUUGGAGCUACUGUGCUACUAAACGUGCUCUUUGCCGGGCCCAUAUCAGGAGCAUCCAUGAACCCUGCAAGAACCAUCGGUCCGGCGAUGGUCGCCGGCCGCUACACCGGCAUCUGGGUGUAUAUCGUCGGCCCUAUUACUGGCGCGGUUGCCGGUGCAUGGGCUUACAACCUCAUCCGAUUUACCAACAAGCCACUACGAGAGAUCACCAGGACUGGGUCCUUCUUGCGAAGUGCAAGGAUGACAUAGUGUUGUUGCUUGUCGAUAGUGAAUGUCGAUGAUAUGUUGUAAUUCUCCAACCGCCCCGUAAAUUUAUUUGAUUUUCUCUUCAUCAUCUAAUUUCACUAGUAAAUGAUUGGGUCACCUAAUUCUAAUUGUGAUGAUUUUCUCUCUGAAGAAAGUAGGUCGUGCCCUGCAAUUGAGGGCUCUGUUCUACCACAACCUCGACUUAUGUCUCUAAUGUAUAAAACCUCGACCGAUGAGUGAAGUCUUCGGUGAAGGGCAUAGUUGGGGGCCUACGUCAAGAGGAUAUGUGUGCCUCCUAGUGACGUGAUUUGGGGCUCUAUUACAUUAUUUCACAGUUUUCUCCUCGUAAUAUAAAGUCUCUACUUUGAGUUGAAUUCAACAAAGUGUGGUUAUGCUUCUGUAGGUUUGUAGUUGCUGAGUGUGAGAGAGGGUUUGUAUCUCCCCUAGUUAUGUUAGCACCUAUGGUGUAGGCUGGUUGUAUUGUCCUGGGGUGUAUGGAAGUAGAUGCUUCUUACUAGUAGAAGACUCUAUUUUCUUAAAUGAAAAUGGGGGCCUGUAGGCUCCAUUGAUAAAUAAAAACUAACCAUGCCCCGCCUUCCUGAUAA